AUGGUUGUGAGUACCGAUGACGCGUCACUGCCCAGCGGCAUUGUGGGCGGAGUUAGCCAAGUUUCACCCUGUACUCACUUCACGGAGGAUAGAUAUGUGUCCAUCCGGGCAGUUUGACCCUUUGUGAGGGUUAAAGUACUUCGUUUUUAAAUAUUUUCGCGGUGUUUUGUAGCUCCUCGGUCUGGUGUUGAAAAUGAUGCGCUUCAUGCUGCUCUUCAGUCGCCAGGGGAAGCUGCGUCUGCAGAAGUGGUUCACGUCCAUGUCGGAACGUGAGAAGAAGAAGAUCAUCAGGGACAUGACCACCAUGGUGCUGGCACGGCAACCCCGCUCCUGCAACUUCAUGCAGUGGAAAGACCUAAAGAUUGUUUAUAAGCGGUAUGCAAGCCUGUAUUUCUGUUUGGGAGUAGAGAGCCAGGAAAAUGAGCUGCUAGCCCUGGAGAUCAUUCAUCGCUACGUGGAGCUGCUAGACAAAUACUUUGGCAAUGUGUGUGAGCUGGACAUUAUCUUUAACUUUGAGAAGGCCUAUUUUAUCCUGGAUGAGUUUCUAAUGGGAGGCGAGAUCCAGGAAACCUCUAAACAGAUUGUGAAUCGCUCCAUUGAAGCCUCAGACAUGUUACAGGAGACAUUGGAGGAGUACAUGAGCAAACCUGCAUUUUAGCUUGUGGGGGUGGGGGACAAAAGGACAUGAACUAACAGCAAAGAAGAAGACGGGAGCAAGAUGUGCUAUAUAGCAGUCACAUACUUUUCUGAACCUGAAAAUCGAGCGAACUUCGAUUCUACUGAACGUUUUCAGAAGAGAAAAAUCUGGCUUUACUUGAAUGUCUGCCUAAAUCAUAGCUUUGUGCAUCAUGUCUUUUGUGGCGACUCUAAUAUACAUUAACAGUAAUGCAUUCAAGUGAAAGGAGAGUUUGUAUGGGUGCGUUUCUGUGUGGAGGAUAUGGGUUGGGAGGGGUUUUUCGAUGUCAAUUGCAGUUAUUAAAUUUGAAGUAAUAACAAGAUGGUGGGUAUUUAAAGGAAAAAAAA